UAUAAGCGGACUGAGGCCGGUCGUGUGCCAGGCUCAGCGGCUCACACGAGCUGAUCCAAAGCGCGUAAAGACGCACAGAAGGACGCGUGCCAAACUCCUGCUCCAGACUCCUGCUCCAAACUUGUCCUCACUCUCAGCCUCUGCAGAACCAUGGACUCCGUCUUCUCCGACAUUGACAGCAACAGCUGCGACUUUUUCCCGCUCACGGAUGACGAGGAUUCCCGCAGCUGCGGCAGCGGCAGCAGCAGCAGCGGCAGAAGCGGCAGCUGCGCGUCCCCGCAGCCCGAGCAGCAGCAUCAUCAUCAUCACCAUCAUCAUCCUCAGCAGCAGAAGAAGCGGCGCCGCGGCCGCGGCACCGCGCCGGUGGUGAAGAAGAACCGGAGAAUCAAGGCCAACGACCGCGAGCGGAACCGCAUGCACAACCUGAACGACGCGCUGGACGAUCUGCGCGGGGUUCUGCCCGCGUUCCCCGACGAAACCAAACUCACCAAGAUCGAGACGCUGCGCUUUGCGCACAACUACAUCUGGGCGCUGUCGGAAACGAUCCGCAUCGCGGACCUGCAGACGGGCAAGAGCGGGGAGGGCCCCCUGCUGCUGGGGCCCGGGGUCCAGGGCCUCCGCAGCGGGGCCCCGAGCCCCGGCAGCGACGCCUGCUCCUGGAGCUCCAGCGGCUCCUCGUCCUCCUCCUCCCCGGACUACUGCGCCUCCAGCCCGGGCAGCCCCGCCGCGACGCACGAGGACCGCGGCGGAUUCCUGUCGCAGGAGGCGCUGUUCGGCUUCCGUAGCUUCGUGACGGGAAUCUACUGAAGAAGAAGAUGAUGAUGAUGAUGAUGAAGAAGAAGAGGAAAAGUCCCAGAGCAGAGACACAGAUGAUGAAGGACUGAUGACGUCAUCAUGAACAUGAAUCACACUUUGCCUUAAAGAUCAUUUUUAUUCUCCUCACUUUUGUCUCUGACGGAUUUUAAAUGAGAAAUAACUUAAGUUUUUUAGUUCCAUUAUUUCUAAUUAUUAUUAUUAUUAUUAUUAUUAUUAUUGUUGUUGUUGUUUUUUCUCCAAAAACCUUUGCACUUUUUUCCCCUCCCUGUUCACCCUCUCAUGUGUUCACCCUCUCAUCCUGUGACAGGGUGAGGUGAAGAGUUAAUUUUAUAAUUAGUGCUUGUAUUCGCAGCAGAACUGAGCGUGAAAUCGUUUCAACAAAAGACUCAAAGAAACUCAUUCAUUAUGUAUUCUGACCCCGCCCCCUCACCCACACACCCCGCCCCCUCCCCACUCUAGAUUAUUGAUGCUUUUUUUAAUUUAUUUCGUUGGUUUAUUUGUGUCACGUGAUGAAGAUGAUGAAGAUGAAGAUGUUUGUAUUUUGUACAUAAACAGAUUUUUAUUCUAUUUACUCGGGAUUAUUUUUUUUUUUUUGCUUUUUCUACAAAAUAAAGUUUUAACGUUUCUAUAAAAAAAA